UCCCCGUUGGAGCCGGCCCGUGCGGCGCGGCCGGCGGCGGCGGCGGCGGCGGCGGGGCCGGGGCCGGGGCCGGGGCCGGGGCCGGGCAGGUGGGCGGCGGCGGCGGGGCCAUGGCGCGGCGCGGCGCGGGGCGGCUGCGGGCGCUGCUGCUGGCGGCGGUGCUGGGCGCCGCGCGGGGCUUCGGCGACGAGGAGGAGCGGCGCUGCGACGCCAUCCGCAUCGCCAUGUGCCAGAACCUGGGCUACAACGUCACCAAGAUGCCCAACCUGGUGGGCCACGAGCUGCAGGCGGACGCCGAGCUGCAGCUCACCACCUUCACCCCGCUCAUCCAGUACGGCUGCUCCAGCCAGCUCCAGUUCUUCCUUUGUUCGGUCUAUGUUCCUAUGUGCACCGAGAAGAUUAACAUCCCCAUAGGGCCCUGUGGUGGCAUGUGUCUCUCCGUCAAAAGGAGAUGUGAACCUGUUUUAAAAGAAUUUGGAUUUGCCUGGCCAGACAGCCUGAACUGCAGCAAAUUCCCACCCCAGAAUGAUCACAACCACAUGUGCAUGGAGGGCCCGGGAGACGAAGAGGUUCCCCUGCAUAGCAAGACGUCCUUGCAGCCCGGAGAAGAGUGCCACAGCAUGGGCUCUAAUUCAGACCAGUACAUCUGGGUCAAAAGAAGCUUGAACUGUGUCCUGAAGUGUGGCUACGAUGCUGGGCUCUACAGCAGGUCGGCUAAGGAAUUCACAGAUAUCUGGAUGGCCGUGUGGGCUAGUCUUUGCUUCAUAUCAACGGCAUUCACAGUCCUGACCUUCCUGAUUGAUUCAUCCAGAUUUUCCUACCCGGAGCGCCCAAUCAUAUUUUUGAGCAUGUGCUACAAUAUUUAUAGCAUUGCUUAUAUUGUGAGGCUAACUGUGGGCCGGGAAAGGAUAUCCUGUGAUUUUGAAGAGGCAGCAGAACCUGUUCUUAUCCAAGAAGGUCUUAAGAACACAGGAUGUGCUAUAAUUUUCUUGCUGAUGUAUUUUUUUGGGAUGGCUAGCUCCAUCUGGUGGGUUAUUCUCACAUUGACGUGGUUUCUGGCAGCAGGACUUAAGUGGGGCCACGAAGCUAUAGAAAUGCACAGCUCCUAUUUCCACAUUGCAGCCUGGGCCAUCCCUGCAGUGAAGACCAUAGUCAUCUUGAUUAUGAGACUAGUAGAUGCAGAUGAGCUCACUGGUCUGUGUUACGUUGGCAACCAGAACCUAGAUGCGCUCACGGGCUUUGUUGUUGCACCACUUUUUACCUACCUGGUUAUUGGAACUUUAUUCAUUGCAGCCGGAUUGGUGGCCUUAUUUAAAAUCCGGUCUAACCUUCAGAAGGAUGGAACUAAAACUGACAAACUGGAAAGACUGAUGGUCAAAAUCGGUGUCUUUUCAGUGCUGUACACCGUCCCAGCAACGUGUGUCAUUGCGUGUUAUUUUUACGAAAUCUCCAACUGGGCUGUUUUCCGCUAUUCGGCAGACGAUUCCAAUAUGGCUGUGGAGAUGCUCAAAAUCUUCAUGUCCCUCCUGGUGGGUAUCACGUCAGGUAUGUGGAUUUGGUCAGCCAAAACUCUGCACACGUGGCAGAAGUGCUCGAACAGACUGGUGAACUCAGGGAAAGUGAAACGGCAGAAGAGAGCAGAUGGUUGGGUGAAACCGGGGAAAGGGAACGAGACUGUGGUAUGAGAGAACAAGGACACCCCGGUGCUCUCCGACCGUCGUCACGUGAAGGACUGAUGCUGUGUAAGCACUGCGGUGGAAGUGUUGCUGAGCGUAGAGUAGGGAGACGGGUACCAAACCUGUCUCUGAGGGGCAGGGGGAAAAAAAGCCUUAAAGAAUAAGCAACAAAAAGAUCAUGCUGCAAAUACAAUAGCCAUAAACCAUGCUGCCCAAAAUAGGAAAGCCCAGGGAGGCUUUAAAAGCUGUGAAAAAAACUAAUCACAUUAUCUCUUUUUUUUUUUUUUUUUUUUCCUUUUUUUUUCCUGAAGGAGGAUGCAGUAUACUUCAGUCUUUAGAAGCUGUGGGACUGUAGCCAUCCUAGUGAUAUGGGAUGGUGUUUUCUUUCAAUCGUCUUACAGCUGACGGUGGAAAGGCAGGCUGGGGCCAAAUUCUGGGCUGAUUUAGGGUCUAGUUAUCAGAAGGUGGCGUUUGCACGAGCUCGGUUAACUGUCUUUCUUCUUUCUGAGUUAAGCAUCGUGAAAGAAGUUCUCGCUGAGGAUUGUGUCUUUCCACCCUGGGAAGUCCUAUUGCUCCCAAUAGUGUUGCACGCUGCGCGAAUCAGCCAAGGAUCAGGUUCCCCAACAAACGCCAGCUCCGAGAUUUACCUGUAAAGAGUAGCAUUUAGUGAGGUAUUAUCAGGGAUGAUUCUUUAACUCAUCUGAUGAUCUAAUAAUAAUUUUGACACAUAUUCCUUUUACCUCCUUAACCUGGCCCAAAUUCAGUUUUGGCCCAGCUUUGAUCAGGAAUUUAGACCUCCCAGGUCUCUUCCAACCUGAGUUACUUUACGAUUCUAUCAGUAUUUCCUAUUUUUUAAAAAAUCUUUACUCAAGGCCAUUAUCAGAAGCAGAGGAAUAAGUGAGAGCUUGGAAACACUGCAUCGAUUACCAUUAUCCACCUGCCUCUGUUCCUGUCCUUUCAGGUGCUCCUGCUGUUUCCAGCUGACUACUUUAUUCCCCUGCAUUUAAUAGCUUUAAAUAAAGUCUUAUGUUAUAGUAUUCCCUCCUACAGCAAAGAGAAAAAUGAGUGGAGGGUCUCUUCAGAGCAAUGUCAGUCUUCUCCAAGUAAACUGAUCUGUGUCUCUCUGGAGAUCCACUGCACAAAGCAAUUAAGUCUUAAUAUAUUUCGUUCAGUGCGAUGGUAUCUCUGCCGACGCCAGGCUGGGAGAAGCGAAACAUUCGGUUCCUUGGCAGCCUCAUGUUUGCACAGAUCAGUUGUAUAAUUAUGUGUGUCAGUUGCAAUUAAAAGAGCAUUCUCAGCCCGUGACAUAGCAGUACAGCUGACUGCCUCAGAGCGAUGCUCCGAUCGCUCGCUGACGGCUCCAGAGAGUUUUGUUGCCAUAUAGAUACAUAUAGGAGAGCAGGCGUUCAUUCAGUCGUCAGGAACGAGAGACAUUUUCAGGUUUUGUAAAGGGAGCCAAAGACAAGAGAUCCAGCUUCCUGAGGGAUAGCACUAUUUCAUACCCAACAUCAAGUUCUCUUAUCCUCUUAGUUGAAGAGGCAUUGGCCCGUUGUGCUCACGGGGAGCUUGAACCUUGCAUGUGGGGCUUGUUUGGCUAGCAAGAAGCAUGAUGCAAACGUAAGUAGCCCACAAGCACUUAGGAGGACACUGUUUCAAUGCUCUAUCCCUCUGAAGGACCUUCGGUUUCAUCUGAAUUUUUACUUCAUUUGUUUGUGUGGACCCUGGUCAGCUGCCGAGCGUCCCCGUGGUGCCCCAACUCGCGUGGCCUUCGGGGCGGCUGAGGCUGGGUGCUGCUUUAUUACAGCCCUCACUUUACGUAUAGGUGCCCCAUGUGCUUCCCAAACCACAGUUCAUUGCAGCUCUGGCCGUGAGCGCUAAUCUGUCCCAGAAGCGUGUAUUGUUUCAAUGUCAAUGUUGAAACGUGCUAGAGCACAUCUGAAAAAAAAAAUAACCAAACAAACCCUAAUUGCAGUUUUUGCGGUUGGGCUCCCUCUCUAGCAGAACAAGUGACAACUUGACACAUUCUGCUCCAAACGCACGAGCAUUGUUUUGGCCAGCUCCACAUACCAGCUGAGCCUUUUGAUCCUCUCUAUAAAGUCUCUCGCUAUUAGUGUUGUGUUUGGAUCUGGCUGUUCCUCUGUGAAGAAGAAGUUCUGCGCGUACGAGAGCUUCAGAUGGCUGAGCUUCUCCAUGACGCGAGCUUUCUGCUGACACAGCAAGGGCCAGAGUGUCAGCAGCUAUAUUCUGACUUGCAGGGGAUGAAGGCACCGUAUGAGCUUUGUCUUCUAACUCAUAUUGGCCAGUGCCAGGGUGCCACAUUCAUUCAGGUGUCCUUCAAUCUAAAAUGGUUUGGAUUUUCUCCUGGCUAAUAUGAUUCAUGUUUGACCUGACCGAUUCAGUAAGUGGCAUUUUUAGCCAUGCUAUGUACACAGAAGUGAUAAGCAGUGCCCCUUUUAUCAGAUCCCUGCAUCUCAGAUUAUAACCCUCUGGACUCCAGACAGAUGUCCCUGGCGAUUUAUGACAUUGGAAAUGAGUCGGCCAAGGAUACCACCGCGUUGCCUUACGAGAGAGCUGGGGGGAUAUAUCAUUAACAGGUGUCAGGCACUCAACUACUGUGGCCAGGAGGUGGGGUGGGGAGAGACACCAGCUGCUCCUGAAGGAACAUCUUUCCCAGGCUUUCUGGGGGCACCGUGCCAGCCCGAAGCAAGACUAGCUGGCUGCCUUCUGCUGCAGCAACAAAAUCGCUCCACGGAUUUAUGCAGCCAUGUGCAUUUACCUUGUUCUGCUUCGGGGAUUUGCAAGUGGGAAGUCACGGCAGAUAGUCAAAAAGUCAGCAGUUAGGAAGAGUGGGUAUCUGCAACUCCUAUGUUCUCUCAUUUCAACACUGUUAUGAAUUUCAAGCCAAAAAAAUGUGUGACUAAUCCCGUCUUGGAAGUGCAGUUGCUGUGGUUAUGGAACAAGAAACGUUGCAGCAGUCACCUUCCUUGCAGGAUCCCUGCUCCCUCCCUCGAGCUCCAUCUGCCUCGCUCCCCCCACCCCAGCACCUUCGUCUGGCCACAGGUCCCCGACGUGCCUGCAGAGAGGUACAAGCUUAGCUCAUAUGUUAAACAGAGAAGUUAGCUUCUUUUUCCAAACUUUGGAGGCAAUAGACACUGAUUAUUUGGGGGCAUGCAGAAAACAUAGCUACUUUGAUGUAUGUACUGUAAAUUUCUAAUUUAUCACUGUAAAAAAAACCAAAACUUUGCUAUUUAAUUUUUAUAUCGAAAUAAAAUUUUACCCUCUGUGGAGAACUAA